CACAAUUUGUCUAGUCACUGUACAUAUACUUUCGUGGAUAAGAUGAUGCUCGUAUAAGCUGAUAACCAAUGACCUUGAUCACUUGCACUCUGCCCCGAAAUUGAGUAUAUAAACAGUCAGUCAGAAGUUAAUUUUUUAACGAUCCUCCGGUUUCAGGUACAGAAAGUCCAAACGUGGUGCACAAAGCGGUGUGAGAAUUGGAAACCGUUUACAUAUUUGGUUGCGAGCUGAAUAAAGGAUUACUCUACUCGACUUGUGGGUAUGAAAUAGGUGUAUGAUUUUUCUGUAAAGUUUGCUACAAACUAAACGCUUAUCAACAUCUAAAGAUUAAAGGUUGACAAAAUGUUGAGCAAUUUUUAUUGACUAGUUUUGUGCUUAGCUGAAUUAGUAGAUAAGCAUCGGGACCUUCAGUUAUGAAAAUUUUGUGUCUUGACUAACCGGUAAGCUCAGGUUUUCAGUUUGAGUCGGAUUGAGAAAACCAUUUUUGCUCGAUAAACAAAGAAAGUAUAAGGACAAGUAUAUUUUUAAUUAGUUUUAAGUACUGUUGAUACCGUUUUUUAGCAUAUAUAACAGCAUAAAAAUAUUGCAUACUUAUUUCAAACCCACACCACGUUGUGCAAUAAGUUUGGACUUGUGCAUGAGCCCAAAUCUAAGCAAACUUCGUUCGUCCAUACUUCGUUCGAGACAAAAGGUCAGCUCCAAGGGCUCCAACACAACAAAUCAUGGAGCAAAUUAGACUCCUGGACAAAACUCCGUUGUCCUUCGCCUACGAUCUGCUGCUUGCUAAGACGGACCAGGAAAUUGUGACAAAUUUCUCAUGGGCCAUGGCAGGCGGGAUUUUAUUCACCAUUGUGUGGAACUUGGUGGGAACAGUGGCGUAUGGAAAGGCCACAGUUUCGACCAGUGGUAACGAGGGAUCGAAAGGGUUAUCACCAUCCAGGAAAUUUUGGGAGUAUCCGAUCAGUUCGAGGUUCACUUGGAGGUUUGGCUUCCUUCCAACCGUAAUCGUGCCCUGGGUGGUAAUUUUCUUCACCCCGACGCCAUAUCUGUUCAACCUUACAAAUCUUGCUGGACUGGCGAUCUACUAUAUUCAUUAUUUUAAUCGCUCGGUGAUCUACCCCUCCAAAAUAUCUGACCAUGCGACUCCCUCCCCGCUCUGGUUCUUCGUCAGUAUGCUGACCAUCACCACGGUACACACCUUUGCCCAGACCCAUCAUCUCGCCAACGUUCACAAGCCUCUUGACGUAUCCUUCCUCACUUUUGUGGCAAUUGGCAUGAGCAUCCUGGGAGCCUGGGUGAACAACCGGCAUGACUGGAUUCUGACGCAACUUCGUGCCCGAGGAAAAGGUUACCAAAUUCCGCAGGGGUCCCUCUUUGAAUACGUUUCAUGCCCGAAUUACUUUGGGGAGUGUUUGGAGUGGUGGGGUUUCGCAUUGGUGACGGGCGGGGGAGGUCCUCAGGUAAUGUUUGCAAUCUUCUCCACCGUGUUCCUCGUUUUCCGAGCAAGAUUUGCGCACAAGUGGUAUCAUGCCAAGUUUGGGACCAAGUACCCCCGUGAGAGGAAAGCUAUCAUUCCCUUCGUGUAUUAAAUAUGCAUGCAUUAGGUAUUAGAUACAUGGGGCAGCCAUGGACAUAUAACUUAUAACUUAAAAUUAUGACGUAUAACUUAACUUAUAAUUAUAAAUAUACGUCGCCUUAUGGCGUUUCUAUGACUUAUAACUUAUAAAAUAAGUUAUACGUCAUAAUUUUAAGUUAUAAGUUAUAUGUCCAUGGCUGUCCCAUGUAUCUAUUAUUAGAUACAUGUAUGUACAUAUGUGAAUACGUGUCCAAAACAUGUAUGAGGUAGAAAAAAACUUAACUUGUAACUAACUUACAACUUAAUAAAUUGUACUGGAUUUUUUGUGUGUAUGGGAACUACAUAAAAAUCUAAAUUUCCAGCUUAACCAUGCCAGGUCAUAAGUUUUAAGAUGAUACCAUGUUAUCCUCUUCCGUCAUCAAGAGCCUCAUCCAUAUUACGAACCAUUAGGAUGGGAUGAUUUCCCUUUCGACCUCAUCUCUAAUUCAUGAAGUGUGUAUAUUCCAUCCAUUUGAUGGUAAUGGUGAAGGUGACAGAUGGCUCAUUUCCAUUCUGGUGACCUCCUUAUCAAAUCCAAGUAUCAAAAUCCGUUCUGAUUAUGGCCAAUUGGGCUAAUACGAUGAACUAAUCUAUCAACUUUUUUUAAUCCGGCACGCCACUGGAUUCUCUCGUGCUUUUUAUCUAUUUCCCCAACAUUUUGAAAAUGUGGGGAUCACGGUUUUCACUUUUCGUCACGUUUGCCAUCAUCUGCGUAAAAGGGGCACGAAGCAGUACUGAUAAUGAGGAAGGGACGCCAUGGGGCAGUGCUGCUUUCCACUUUCUCACUAACAAUUCAAUCGCCCAUUUAGUUCGUCAACCGGAGCGGCCCACGCCAAAAAUUAUGCCGUGUGGCACUUCGCACGAGUUACUCGGAGAUGAGGAAGUUUUGGUAGAAAGCGUCAACUUCAGUAAAAAACAGUUCUACCCAAAUUCACACAUUUGCGAGUGGAAUUUCAUGUUCCCCGGACGUCGAGCAAAAUUAAGUUGUCCAAACUUUCACCUAACAGAAUUUUUGUGCCUGGACCACGUCCUCGUUGGUGAUGGGGCAGCUAUCCAAAAUCAUUAUUGUGGAAAACAUGGACCACGAGAAGUAAUUUUGGUGGGGAAAAUGACGAUGCGGUUCUCCACAUCGGCCUUUUUCCCAGGCGUCGGAUUUCGCUGCAGUCUCGUUCUUCUCAACAAUGCUGACGAUGAUGACCACAUCACGGAUGGUGUAAACAGUGGGGUCUCAGCAGUGGAGCCGUCCCCUUGUUCUUGUGGGAUCAACAAGAUUGGAACGAAGGUUGUCAAUGGGACGGAAACUCAGCAGGGGGAAGUUCCAUGGCAGACGGGGUUGGUCAGGACGAACGAAUCCGUACCCUUUUGUGGGGGCUCGCUAAUCAAUGAUCGUUACGUUUUAACAGCCGCCCACUGUGUCGUUGGACGAACCCCGUACAACUUGGAAGUUAUCCUAAACGCCGACAAGACUGAAGUUGACCACGAAGGGUUUCUUCCAGAUCGAUAUUCCGUCCUGCAAAUCAUCGCACAUCGAAACUAUUCUGCCAGUUUGGACUACGACGCUGCUCUGAUAAAGCUGGAGAGGAGGGUUGAUCUGACCAAGACUGCCCCCGUCUGUUUACCCUCAGUGGACGACAUUGAGAAGGGGGGUUACGUGGGUGUCUCAGCAACAGUAACGGGAUGGGGUUAUACCAAGGAGGAUGGCGAAUUAUCCGCGACCCUGCGAAAAGCGUCCGUCUCAGUGCUAAGCAAUGAAGACUGUAAAUCAAAAUAUUCCAAAAUUACGAAACGCAUGUUAUGUGCGGCAUCGCCAGGGACGGAUGCGUGUCAAGGGGACUCAGGCGGACCACUUUUCUUUGAAUCGAACUCAAAGUUGAAAAAGCACACUCAAAUUGGGAUUGUGAGUUGGGGAAUUGGGUGUGCUAGACCAGAACGCCCUGGUGUCUACACUAGGGUCACGGAGAUACUAAAAUGGAUUUGGAGAACGGGGAGGGAUGGGAGCUACUGUAAAUUGGCUGGAGAUGCCGUCGAGAACCAUAAUGAGUUCAAGGAGGUCACUAUACAAAAGACGCAGCGAGUCUAGAAGAGUUUAAUAUUUUUCUUUGUUUCAAUAAUUCCAUAUUAAAAAAAAUAUAACUCGUAUAAAAAAAGGUACAUAAUAUUACA